UUCUGCGCCUGGAUUCGGCCCAGCCGGCCCAACAUCACAGCACAUCCCACCUCCUGCCCUACUCCCGUGACCCGUCGGGCGUCGGGCGUCGGCUCUCCCACGCGCAGCCGCCUCACGCAGCGCAUCGCCGCAUUCUCCCGCUCGACCUGACGGCUGACGCAGCGCCUCCGCCUCUCGUCGGCCGCCGUCCGCUGGCCGCCGUCCGUGAGGCCGCCUCCUGCCAGCCUCCGUCCGCCUCCCGCGGCCACGGGCCGCGAGGCCGCCUCCGGCCGGCCGCAGGCUGCCUCCCGUCGGCCUCCGUCCGCCCGUGAUUACUCCCGUCGGCCUCCGGCGUAAGGAGCCCCAGCCCCUGUUCAGGUAUUAUGAACUAUGCAGCAGGCAUUGAGUUGCAUCCACAAUGUCCCAACUUGGAACAUGUUCAUUGCCUGGAGCUGCAAUCUAUGGCACUUCAACUAGGAGGUUUGGAGGUUCACAAUUUCAGCAACCUAAGGUUAAUCGCAUCUCAUUUGAACAGAAAGUGUCUGCUAAAACAACAUUGAGAAGUAUGAGGUGUAAAGCUACUCAAACCCAAAGCGUCCAAAAGAAAUCUUCAAGUGCAACUGUUCAACGUGAUAAGAAAGGGAAAGUUCAAGGGCCGAAGCUGGACGAUGGAAGUGGUGGGUUCCCUCCGUUCCGCUUCGGCAAAGGUGGGGGCGGUGGUGGAGGUGGCGGGGGUGGCAGCAACUACUUCGGCGGAUUCCUUCUCUUCUCCUGUGUGUUGCUCCUGGAUUACCUGAAGGAGUUUGAGAAGUACCUGCUUACUCGGAAGCACCGAGGUGGAGACGACGCCAGCAACGGGCUGCUACAACCAUGAUCACCCUUCGCCAGUCUCACUAGCACUAGCUACUCGUUUCUGUUGUAAUGAAGAAGGCUUCUGGUUGUGGCUGCCAUUUGGAACAUAACAUGUGACUGUCAUGGUAGUUUAUGUUCUCUUUCUGAUGGACUUCUGAGAAAGAUCAUGUUGGACUUGAGACUCAAAUUACAGGACUGUGGGUAGUUUAUGUUGACUUUCUGAUGGACUUCUGAGAAAGAUCAUGUCGGACUUGAGACUCAAAUUACAGGACUGCGUCGGAGAUGCCGGAAGUUCCUUCAAGUAGGCUGCUGAGCUGGAGAUACGAAUCUAGUGUAACGUAGCGUGCCUGUUUCAGAUGUAAUCCUAUCGUCAUUGGUGUGGAACGCUUGCCGACUGAAAUGUAGAAUCAGUUGACUGGAAAUUUGGCCGCCGUUCUCUACGGUGACUUAUGCUUUCCUAUUCGCUGAGGUUUGUGACUGUCGAAAUUGAGGUGUAAGCUGGCAGAGCAAGUUGUGUAUCAUUUCUGGUUGGUUUACGGGGAAA